AUGGGGAGAAGGGGCAGGGGAAGGCAAAAGGAAGUCAAGUACAACCGUCAGAUCUAUUCUCCACUAAACCUCGAUAUUGCCAAAAAAGUAGGGAACAAAAGGAACGUAGGCGCUCAGUACCUCAUCCUCGGUGAUAAGUAUUCUGAGCUCAGCGACUUUGAAAAUGCAAUAGACUAUUACAAACAAUUUUUGGGUUGUUGCAAAAAAGUGGAAGACCGCAUUGGCGAGGGGCAUGCAUAUUGCAAACUUGGGGAUGCCUACAGCAGUGUUGGCCAGGUUGACCAAUCUGAGGUGUUCUACAAGCUUUACUUAAGUAUCACCAGGGACCUGAGUGACAAGAAAGGGGAAAGUCAAGCUUAUAGCAGACUCAGUAGUGUUUAUAAGUGUCUCGGUUGCUAUACAAAAGCUUUAAAAUACCAAGAGCAACACUUAUUUAUUGCCUUCACGCUGGGAGAUAGAUCAGAAAGGGGCUUUGCGUAUGGAAAAUUUGGCAGUAUUUUCCAUAGUCUUGGUGACUUACAAAAAGCCAGAGAAUAUUACGAAGCACAACUCUUGACAAUCCAUGAACUUGGCGAUAGGAACGAAUUGAUAAAGGCGUAUGGAAAUUUAGGGAGAGUCCAUCACAGUCUGCAAGAUUUCCAAAAAGCCAUAGAAUAUCAUGAAAGACAACUGUGUAUUGCUAAAACAGAGGGAAGGAGAGCUGAUGAGGCUCGUGCGAACUAUGAACUAGGUCGCAAUUUCGAAUCACUAGGGUCCUUACCAGAGGCUGUGCAAUAUUACAGGUCGAGCGCGGAACUGUUUGAAGAGAUAAGAGCUCAUCUUCCUCGAAGAAAGAACAGUUUCUUCCAAGAUGAAUGGAAAAUCAACUUUUUCGAUGUGCACCAAUGUGUGAACACUGCCCUAUGUAGAACACUACUUAUACUAAAUAAGGUUUCAGAAGCUCUUGUCGCAGCGGAAAAUGGACGUGCCCAAUCUCUGGUGGAUAUUUUGAGAUCCCGUUAUGGAAUCAGCUCCUUUAACUUGCCAUCAACAACACAGGAAGCAUUGAUGAAUGAUAUAUUUAAUUGGAUUUCAACAAACACAGUUGUAUUACGACUUGAUGGCGACAAAAUAUACAUCUGGCUACUUCUACCCGCGAAAGCAGGACAAAAGGUUCAGUUUGUCGAGAGGACAAUGGAUAGUGCUCAAGAUGUUGAAGCCUUUUGGAAAGCGGCGUUUGGGCCAAGAUUGGAUCUUUCAUCAUCGUUACAUUUAAUGUACCACUUGGUUUUUGGUGAAAUAUCAGACUUCUUGCAGGGAGAAGAACUUGUCAUUGUCCCUGAUGGUCCUUUGUAUUUUGUUCCCUUUGCCGCACUCAGGGAUUCUAUUGAGUCGAAGUAUUUGUUCGAACUGUUUAGAAUUCGACUCUUUCCGUCACUGACGAGUAUGAAAAUAAUUGCCGAUUCUCGUCAGGACUAUCACUGUAAUAGUGAUGGUCUACUUGUAGGAGAUCCUUUCAGCGAAGAAAUUCUCCGGCUAGAUCCACUUCCCGCGGCAAGAGAGGAAGUGACACUAAUCGGAAGAUUGACCGGUGUUAAACCCCUUAUCGGUAAAGAAGCGACAAAAGCGGCAGUCCUUAAACAUCUGAACUCUGUCGCCUUAAUACACAUUGCAGCUCACGGAUGUAUGGAAACGGGUGAAAUUGCGUUGGCACCAAACCCUAAGAGGACUCUAGACAUUUCAUUAGAGCGAGACUCCAUUUUAACGAUGGCUGAGGUACUAACUGAAGGAGUGAGAGCAAGACUGGUUGUUCUGAGCUGUUGUCAUAGUGGGCGUGGAAAACUAAUGUCUGAAGGUAACAUUGGCAUUGCACGUGCUUUUAUCGCCGCUGGAGCUCGUUCUGUUUUGGUGUCAAUCAGUGCGAUCGAUGAUGAAGCCACACUUGCGUUUAUGAAAGAAUUCUACAAAGAGUUGGUGAAAGGAAGCACUGCUAGUAAGGCCUUGAACAAAGCCAUGGAAUGUUUCAGAAACUCAACUGAGUAUUGUGAACUUAAAUACUGGGCUCCAUUUGUACUUAUUGGGGACGAUGUUCGCUUGGAAAUGUUUCUGAAACCAAACAGACGGUGA